UUGGCAACAGAUAUCAACUUCUUUUGUUUUAUUUUCACUCUUGUCAUUAGACUUAUUCACUUUUCGAGAGGGAGGAAAGCUUUUCCCCUUUAUAGAAAUCAGGGGCAAGAAAAUUUCUUUGCAAAGAAACAAAACGCUAUUGGGUACUAUUUGAGUAAACAGCUCUCGGACUGCAUUGACACAAAUCUAAUUCAGAUGUAUGAUGAUGUGCAGUUCGUGAAGAGGAGUAAUGCAGAGUUGAUAAAUGGCCUUAUCGGUAUGGACCUCGGCAAACUGUCAGCAGUCGGCAAGCGAUCGAACGCGGAGCUCAUCAACGGACUGCUCGGGAUGAAUCUGAAUAAAUUGAGCUCAGCCGGACGACGAUGA